CGCUGGCGGGUGCGCGCAGCGUGCCUCCCGGAAAGGAGCGGAAUCUCAGGGAAGCUGGUGGCCGGGAUGCGGUGCCCUCGUGGCCGCCCGCCCCCCCGGAGCCGCGGCCCUCCCAGCAGGUGAGGCCGGAGUCCCGUGGAGCUAGGCAACGGGAGACCACGGCCCUGUCCAGCCGUCCCCGCCGCUACAUCCGGGCGCCCCGCCGCAGCCCCGUGACCCCGGUGACAGGGGGGCUCUGACUCCAUGAAGACCCCAGCUCUGAUUCUGGCCUUGUGGAUGACAAGAGGUGACUCCCACAGCAUUGCCUGGUCCUCGGCCUUCCAGUAUGGGGAGGAUUGGUAUUUCCUGUCUCUUUCCUGCUUCUUGGCACUUUAGCAUCUCUCCAGUGGGCUGUCCUCGAAUUCUGAAUACCAGUUUACGCCAGAUCAUCGUCAUUAGCAUCCUGGCUGCAGCUGUCUCCCUCUUAUACUUUUCCGUUGUCAUAAUUCGCAGCAAGUAUGGGUGGCUUUCAAGGGACAAGAAAUUCCAAAGGUACUUGGCCCGAGUCACAGACGUUGAGGCUACAGACACCAACAACCCCAACGUGAACUAUGGCAUCGUGGUGGACUGUGGCAGUAGUGGGUCUCGGAUAUUUGUCUAUUGCUGGCCUCGGCACAAUGGCAAUCCUCAUGAUCUGCUGGACAUCAGACAGAUGAGGGACAAAAACCGAAAGCCGGUGGUGAUGAAAAUUAAACCCGGUAUCUCAGAGUUUGCUACCUCUCCAGAAAAAGUCAGCGAUUACAUUUCUCCACUUCUGAACUUUGCUGCAGAGCAUGUGCCACGGGCAAAGCACAAAGAGACACCGCUCUACAUUCUCUGCACAGCCGGAAUGAGAGUUCUUCCUGAAAGCCAGCAGAAAGCCAUCCUGGAGGACCUCUUGACUGACAUCCCUGUGCAUUUUGACUUCCUGUUUUCUGACUCCCACGCUGAAGUCAUCUCAGGGAAACAAGAAGGUGUGUAUGCUUGGAUCGGCAUUAAUUUUGUCCUCGGACGGUUUGAGCAUAUUGAAGAAGAUGAUGAGGCGGUUGUGGAAGUCAACCUUCCCGGUAGUGAGAGCAGUGAGGCCAUCGUCCGGAAAAGGACAGCCGGUAUUCUUGACAUGGGAGGCGUGUCCACUCAGAUAGCAUACGAAGUCCCCAAAACUGUAAGCUUUGCCUCCUCACAGCAGGAGGAAGUAGCUAAAAACUUGUUAGCUGAAUUCAACCUGGGGUGUGAUGUCCACCAGACUGAGCAUGUGUACCGAGUCUACGUGGCCACAUUUCUUGGGUUCGGUGGUAAUGCUGCUCGGCAAAGAUAUGAAGACAGACUGUUUGCCAGCACAGUUCAGAAAAACAGGCUCCUGGGUAAACAGACUGGCCUGACUCCCGAUGCUCCAUUCCUGGACCCCUGCUUACCUCUGGACAUUAAAGAUGAGAUCCAGCAAAAUGGGCAGACCCUGUACCUUCGGGGGACAGGAGACUUUGACCUGUGUCGAGAGACCCUCCAGCCUUUCAUGAACAAAACCAAUGAGACACAGACUUCCCUCAAUGGAGUCUACCAGCCCCCAAUCCACUUCCAGAACAGUGAAUUCUAUGGCUUCUCCGAAUUCUACUAUUGCACCGAGGAUGUCUUGCGAAUGGGGGGAGACUACAAUGCUGCUAAAUUUACUAAAGCUGCCAAGGAUUACUGUGCCACAAAGUGGUCUAUCUUGAGGGAGCGCUUUGACCGAGGACUGUACGCCUCUCAUGCUGACCUCCAUCGGCUUAAGUAUCAGUGUUUCAAAUCAGCCUGGAUGUUUGAGGUGUUCCACAGGGGCUUCUCCUUUCCUGUCACAUACAAAAACCUGAAGACAGCCUUGCAGGUGUAUGACAAGGAAGUGCAGUGGACACUGGGGGCCAUCCUUUACAGGACCCGCUUUUUGCCCUUGAGAGAUAUCCGGCAGGAGGUGAUCCGGGCUGGCCACGGGCACUGGCGGGGUGUGUCCUUUGUCUACAACCACUAUCUGUUCUCUGGCUGCUUCUUGGUCGUCCUGCUGUCCAUCCUUCUCUACCUGCUUCGACUGCGGCGCAUCCAUCGCAGGGCACCCAGAACUGGCUCUCUGUGGAUAGAGGAAGGCCUGCCCUCCCAGAAGGGCCCUGGCCCCUUGUGACACUGUGGCAGCUUAAGGAGGACUCUACAGGAAAAGCCAUUUUCGCCUCAGGGUUUCUCUGUAUGCUCAGACGGUUUUGUGAUCCCCUUCCUUUCUGUUAAAAUGAAACCCACUGAUUGUAAACCCUGCUGUCUAGAGGUAUUGCCAUUUUGAAUACAGCUUUAACUGGAGGAGUGGGAAAAGGGAAUUCGCCUGAUUUGUGCUGCAUAGUAUCUGCCACAAACAAGUAAGGGUUUUGUUUUCUUUAAGACCUGCUACAUUUUCAGCACACGCUGUUAGAUAGUGGAGGUCGAUGGGCAGGUUUCCUUUAGUGUGGGUGGGUCUUCAGGUGGUCCUGGGACAGAACCAAGAAGUAAGUUAAGUCUCUCCUCUCUGAAAACUCCAAUGUAGAAAAGGGGUGGUUGAUUUUAUUUACUGCUCAGGUCUGUCACUACCUGUGUUUUCUUUGUGAUUUAAGUAUUCGGUUAUUCAUAGCAAAAAUCGACAAAUGUUGGCACAGGGGAGUAAUCCGAAGACAAGAGCUCCUGAGGAGAACCUUGUCUGGCCGCUGCUGAAGCACAUGCCUGUAAAUUAGCCAUUCUUGUCCCUGGGUUUAGGAGAGCCCGUUGCCCUCUUACAGCAGGGUUGGAGUUUGUUUGUAUGUUCAUUUGUUUUGUUUGGUUUUAACCAGAGAGUCGUUCAAGCUCCCUGGCUUAGUGUUCUGAGAACCGGAGUGUCCCUGCAGGCGCUCUGGCUCUGAGAAGCAGGCCUGUGCUGUUCAGCUGCUCCGUCUCCCACUUUCAAGUUGGCUUCAGUGUUUUUCUCCAGCACACUCCACACUGCUUGACAGUUCUCAUUGUCACCCUGUGGUUGCAUUGUCCGUGGCAAUGCCACUGUAAGCCCAUACCAUGGAAGAGCCUGAAUUUAAAACAAGAAAUAAAUGCACACGUUGAAAACAAA